AUGUACAAUACAUCAGGCGAAUUUGUGGAACAAACAAGCAGAAUAUGUACCCUUUUUGUGAAGGGAAUACCGCAGAUUUUACAUAACGAUAGCAUUGUGAAUCGACACGGAAAACGGGGAAGGGAAAAUAACGGUUAUUCAAUAAUGAAGGAUAUUCUUAGGUUGUGUACCCUGUUAUUUGAUAACGUAUUGUACUCUUUCAAAGGCCCCCUAAAGCUUGAGCAAGUUCAGGUUAGGCUUUAUUUGGGUCUUGGGGGGGAUUUAGGCGUAGGGAAAAGCCGCCUCAUUAAUUCGUUGUUAGACAAGAAGGGACUAACUCGAGAUGUACGUGCAAAUCCUCUAUCAACUCAGAGACCCCUACUCCGUUUCUUCACCUGGGUGACAUCAUGGGGCUACAACGAGUGCGUCAAUAGAAAUAAGCCUCCACUGGCAUCCUCUGUCAUUUAUCGCCUUUUUCUUCGAGAGUAUGGCCAUCAUUACAUCCCCAUUGCAGGCUCUCAUUACUGGAAUGAGGAAGCCAUUGAUUCAAUGAAGUCGGACAUGCCUGGCCUUUGGGAUACGUUCAACGGCGGUGUCGAAGCCUACCUCAAUUGUGUUCCGAAUGAUAUCACUAGCAACCAGCACAGUUGGCUCUCGCUCGGGAGAGGAAGGAAUCGUCAGGUACGGCACGGAGACAUCACUCAAGACUAUCAAGAUCGCAUGUUAGCCCUGCAAACUAUAGGCCAACCUAUGGAGCCUUGUUACAGUGCAGCAAAUAUGAAAUAUGAAACUAAUUCUUCACUAGGGUCUGGAAGUGAUCGUCGCCGAAAGUCUCAUAUCACGAACAGCUUCCGUCCCCAAAUACUCUUCUUCGAUAACCACCGACGCCAGUUCCGCGACAAAUUCUCAAUCAUAUUAGAUGACCUUCAUACCAAGGCGAAAGGUCUCAUGGCAAAGCAAGUCAGCUUCUUUCGGUCAUUCUCGUUACAUUUCCAACGCUUCUAUGCAAAGCAUAUUCACACCUAUGGUGGAAUGUAA